ACUUAUCUUAAUUAUGGGGUCGCCACUCUAACCGCAGGUACCCCUAUGCAAAUAUGCCGAGGUCGCCCUCUCCGGCGUUCCCUCCCUUCUCCGUACUCCAGAUCCUCGUUUCCACCCUCAACCCCUUCUUUCCUCUCUCCCCACACUUUUCGUCCCUUCUCUUCUAAUCGCAGCGGACUCAUUCGCUUUGGGAGAUCAGCUCUCUCAUCCUCGUUCCUUGUCUUGCUCCAUUACUUUCGUCCAACCCACUUGAUAGAUACAUCAUGUUUUUCUCACAGCCCGCACACCUCGCCAAGGCGGAGGAGCUGAAGCAGUCUCCUCCUAAGGGGACGCCGUACUCCGUAGCCAUCCCCGGAACUGAGCAGCCUGGUCGCAGCCGGGUAUACCGGGCCUGGAAUGCGCAAAAGGAGCUGUUGACCACGUUGGAUCCUCAGGUCGUCACCGCUCAUGACAUGUUCGAGUCUACCGCCAAUCGCCAGCCCAAGAACCACUGCCUCGGCUGGCGCCCGUUCAACCCGGUUACCAAAACAUUCGAUGCCUACCAGUGGCUCACAUACGAGCAGGUCCAGAAGCGCCGCGCUGCAUUCGGUGCCGGUCUAGUUGAGCUACACAACAAGCACGAGUGCCACCGUCCUGGCCAGUAUGGUAUUGGUCUUUGGUGCCAGAACCGCCCGGAGUGGCAGAUCACCGAUCUGGCCUGCAUGUCUCAGGGCCUCUUCUCGGUCUCGAUCUACGAUGUGCUUGCUCCGGACGCUACUGAGUAUAUCAUUAACCACGCAGAGCUGAGUUGUGUUGUUACCUCUCUCCCUCACAUCCCAGCCCUUCUGCAGCUCAAGCAUGCCCUGCCCAACCUGAAGAUGAUUGUCAGCCUGGAUCCCCUCGAUGGUGGUGAGCAAGCUGGUCACUCCAAGCGUGCUUUGUUGGAGUCAAUCGCCGCUGGCCAGGACGUGUCGAUCUAUACCAUUGAUCAGGUUGAGGCUUUGGGAGAGGCCUCAAAGCGUGGAUACAACCCUCCUUCCCCCUCGGACAUUGUCACCAUCAACUACACCUCGGGUACUACCGGUCCCCCCAAGGGUGUCGUUCUGACCCACAAGAGUGCCGUGGCUGCUACCUCUGCCGGUCUGAUUACUAUCGGCCAGGCCCGGGGCGACACCAUGUGCUCUUACCUUCCUCUUGCUCACAUCUACGCUCGUCUCGCCGAGCACACUGCCUUCUGGGGUGGCGCUCGCAUUGGCUACUUCCAUGGCAACAUUGUCGAGCUGGUCGAUGACCUGAAGCUGUUGAAGCCCACUGGCUUCAUGUCCGUGCCCCGUCUGUACAGCCGAUUCGGUACUGCAGUGAAGGCUGCCACCGUCGAGGCACCGGGCUUCAAGGGUGCUCUGUCUCGCCACAUCAUUGCCGCCAAGACUGCCAACUUGAAGAACCCCGACCCCUCCAAGGCCACCGUUAAGCAUGCCCUUUACGACCGUAUCUGGGCCAAGAAGGUCGCCGCUGCUCUCGGUCUCGAGCGUGCCCGAUACAUGGUCUCCGGCUCGGCCCCUCUUGACCCGACUCUGCACAACUUCCUGCGCAUUGCCACCGGUACCGACAUCGUUCAGGGCUACGGCUUGACCGAGUCCUAUGCCUGCGGUACCGCACAGUCCACCGACGAUCUCACCUCGGGUAACUGCGGUCGUCUCGCUCCCUGCGUGGAAGCCUGCCUCCUGUCCCUGCCCGAUAUGGAGUACUCUGUCGACGAUAAGCCGUACCCCCGUGGCGAGCUGCUCCUGCGCGGUAACAACAUGUUCAAUGAGUACUUCAAGAACCCCGAAGAGACCUCCAAGGCCAUGACCGAGGAUGGAUGGUUCCGCACCGGUGAUGUCUGCACGAUCGAUGAGAUGGGCCGCAUCAUCAUCAUCGACCGACGCAAGAACGUGCUCAAGCUGGCACAGGGCGAGUACAUCUCACCCGAGCGUCUGGAGGGUGUCUUCAUGUCCGAGCUGGGCUAUCUGGCUCAGGCCUACGUGCACGGUGACAGUAUGCAGACCUUCCUGGUCGGUAUCUUUGGUAUCUCGCCCGACUUGUUCGCUCCCUUCGCUAGCAAGGUCCUCGGCCGUCCUAUCGGCGCGACGGACCUGGAUGCGAUCAAGGAGGCGCUGACGGAUGAGAAGAUUCGCCGCGCGGUUUUGCGUGAUCUCGAGCGUGUUGCUAAGAAGCAUCGUCUCGCUGGAUACGAGCGUGUCCGCAACGUCUCUUUGAAACUGGAGCCGUUCACCGUUGAGAAUAACCUGUUGACCCCAACCCUCAAACUCAAGCGCCCCCCAACCGUCAAGGUCUACCGCCAACUCCUGGACAAGCUUUACGAGCAAGCUCUGGAGGAAGAAUCCGCGCCUCGCGCCAAGCUGUAGUUACCAAUCUCCCAAACAUAUCGACUUGCAUCACCGUGCAUUGCACAUUUGCACAUUCUGCCUCUGUCUCCGUUCUCUCUUUUUCCACUUCUCGUCAUGUUCUUAUUUUGCCCCGUUGGUUUUUCUUGAUGUUGAGUAAGCUUCGUGUUUGGCUUUUCUGGGUGAUUUUCUGUAUAUAGACUGUCUGGCCUUGUCUGUGUAGGGUUAAGGCUGGAAUCCGGGUGAAGUCGUGGGAUUCGUGUUCCAUUGUAGCAUAUUGACGUCAAACUUGAACAUUGAUCGUUAUUCUAUCUUUCCU